CUUGGAGUGAAGCAUUAUGGGUUGAUCGAAACGUCGAAGAUGCUAUGAUAGAAAGUGUUUCUUUCCUUUCGGAAAAUAAAUGCUACAACCAUGAAGAGUGUUUUUGUGCUUGCGGACAAAGCCUGGGCAGGAUCCAACAUACUUUAUAGGUGGCAGAAAAGUCUGGGUAAUUAUGUUGCUGUGGCAGGACAUGAUAACACUGUGAAAAUAUUUGACCGUCAUGGACACAAGUGGGCAGAGCUCAGUCUGCCAGGCCGCUGCGUGGGGAUGGACUGGGAUAAAGAUGGAGAUACUCUGGCUGUGAUAGCUGCGAAAUCCAACGCUGUUCACCUUUGGGAUGCUAGUGUCAAUAAAACCUCUCACAUAGAGAGUGGAAUGAAAGAUCAAAUGUCCCUCAUUUUGUGGUCAAAAACAAGUUCUCUGUUAGCCAUUGGAACUGUCAAAGGAAAUCUACUGAUUUAUAAUCCACAGACAACACGCAAGAUUCCUGUACUUGGUAAACAUACCAAGAAGAUAACAUGUGGCUGCUGGAGCUCUCAAAAUCUUCUGGCUCUAGGAAGCGAAGACAACACUCUUACAAUCAGUAAUCAUGAAGGGGACACAAUUCGACAGACAACUUUACGUGGUGAACCAGCUGAAAUUUACUUUUCUGUAAAAAAAACUGAUGAAAGAUCCACGCAUGGUGAGAGUACUAUAAGUUUUUCUGUGGACAAGAAAAUACUUGUUCUGUUCAACAUUAAUGACCCAGAGGACAGGACACAUUUGGCUUUUCAGCGCCACUAUGGGCAUAUUGUAUCUUAUUGCUGGUAUGGCGAUGGUUACAUCCUCAUUGGUUUUUCCAAUGGAUAUUUUGUGGUGAUCUCUACCCACAGCAGAGAAAUAGGUGAGGAACUUUACCAGGCACGCAAUCAUAAAGAUUGUCUCAACAGUGUGGCCAUCUCUUCAACUUUAAACAAGGCUGCUUCUUGUGGGGACAACACAAUAAAGAUCCACGAGCUUUCUGACCUUAAAGAUAUAAGCAAUUUACUUCGGCUGGAUGAUGAAACCAAAGGACUGGACCAGCUUAGUUGGACAGACGAUGGUCAACUACUGGCUGUAUCCACUCAAAAAGGAACACUUCAUGUUUUCCUCACUAAGCUGCCCAUCCUGGGUGACAGCUUUGGAACCAGAAUGGCUUUUCUUACCUCUUUGUUAGAGGUUACUGUGUUCAAUCAGGUGGAAGGGGAGAAUCCUGUGGUUAUUGAAGUGGAAGUUGAACCAACUUUUAUUGCAGUGGGCCCAUACCAUGUGGCAGUGGGAAUGAACAACAGAGCUUGGUUUUAUGCUAUAGACGAUCAAAAACCUGGUUUUAAAAAGUUGAAGGACAUUGAAUAUCUGGGUACAAUAGCCAACAUGUGCCUUAAUGCUGAAUAUGCCGCUGCGCUGUUUGAGGGAAAGGUUCAACUGCACAUGAUUGAAGGCCGAGACCAGGAAGAGAAGAGACAAAUGAAGUUAUUCCCAGAUGAUGACAGAAAAGGACGGAUUUUAUGUCAUGCUCUGACCAACGAUUUCCUCUAUUAUGGAACAAAUUUAGGUCAUAUUAUGUGUUUCCUGGUGGAGGACUGGGAAAAGGCGUGCUGUUACGAGCACUCUGUCGGUGUGAUCAAAGUGUUUCCAGAUUUGAAUGGAUCACGAAUAGUUUUUAUUGAUGACAAGAAUGGUGGAUUCUUACUGUCUCCUUCAAAUGCAACUGACGUCUGCCUUGAGCUCCCUAAUUUCUCACCGACCAUCACAGGAGUGCUCUGGGACAACUGGCAUGCCGAUAGAGGGGUGUUUGUGGCAUAUGACUAUGACAAAGUCCACACCUACGCCCUGCAUAAAACCACUAUAUAUGGUCCCAGGGUGGUGUUGGUUGGAAGCACUCCUCUUUUAUUUUCCCAGAAGCCUUUGCUCUUAUACAAUGGAGAGCUGACCUGUCAAACAGCUAGUGGAAAAACCAGCAAUGUCACCCUGAGUACACACUCAUUUCCAAAAAGUUCUUUCAAAAAAGAUGCAAAGUCACCAGAUGACUUCAAAAAGCACUUGAAUGAUGCACUGAUGCUGAAGAGGUUUCAUGAUGCUCAAGAACUGUGCAGAGCGUGGGGCGAUGACAAAGACUUUGAUGAGAUGGGUAAAGCCUGCCUUGUGCACAUGGAGAUUGAGCUGGCCAUUCAAACCUAUCGAAUGAACUGCAAUGUUGGUAUGGUGAUGUCACUGAUGAGCAUUCAGGGCAUUGAGGACAGGAAUUUGCUAGCUGGUCAUUUGGCCAUGUUUCUGGGUGACUUCAAUCAGGCACAAGACCUUUACCUUUCCUCAAGUUGCCCAAAUGCUGCCCUGGAGAUGAGAAGGGACCUGCUACACUGGGACAGUGCUCUGUUGCUGGCCAAGAGUUUAGCAGAAGACCAGAUUCCUUUUAUUUCCAAGGAAUAUGCUGUUCAUCUUGAGUUUAUUGGAGACUAUGUGAAUGCACUGGCACAUUAUGAGAAAGGAAUGACACAUGACAAUAAAGAGCAUGAUGAGGUGUGUCAAGCUGGAGUAGCCAGGAUGUCCAUUAGGAUGGGGGACAUCAGGAGAGGCUCUGCACAAGCUGUGCAGCAUCCAAGUCGAGUCCUGAAGAAAGAGUGUGGAGCCAUCCUGGAGAGCAUGAAGCAAUUUGCUGAAGCUGCUCAGCUCUAUGAAAAAGGGCAAUAUUAUGAUAAGGCUGCAUCUGUUUAUAUUCGGUGUAAGAACUGGACUAAAGUGGGAGAGCUGCUUCCAAAUGUGUCUUCCCCAAAAAUUCACUUGCAAUAUGCCAAAGCAAAGGAGGCAGACGGAAAGUACAAAGAGGCAACUCAGGCUUAUGAGAGUGCCAAAGACUGGGACAAUAUGAUCCGCGUUCUGCUGGACCAUUUGAACAACCCAGAGGACGCUGUUCGCAUUGUCCGGGAGACACAGAGCAUUGAUGGAGCAAAAAUGGUUGCGAGGUUUUUCCUGCGUUUGAAUGACUAUGCCUCAGCUAUACAUUUCCUCGUACUCUCCCAGUGUAAUGACGAAGCAUUUCAGCUGGCACAGCAGCACGGACAGAUGGAGGUCUAUGCAGAAAUCAUUGGCUCCGAAGCGACACAGGAGGACUACCAGAGCAUCGCACUUUACUUCGAGGGGGAAAAGAAACACCUGCUGGCCGGAAAGUUCUUUCAGAAGUGUGGACAAUACAGCAGAGCUCUGAAGCACUUCCUCAAGUGCCCAAACACAGAAGACAACCUAGCUGUUGAGAUGGCCAUAGAGACUGUGGGCCAAGCAAAAGACGCCUCACUGACAACACAGCUCAUUGAUUACCUAAUGGGAGAGAGUGAUGGUGUUCCCAGGGAUGCCAAGUACCUGUUUCGUCUCUACAUGGCACUGCAGCAGUACAGAGAGGCCGCUCGCACUGCUAUCAUCAUCGCAAGAGAAGAGCAGUCAGCAGGAAACUACCGAAAUGCCCAUGAUGUACUUUUUAGUAUGUACACUGAGCUGCAAGCCCAGAAAAUAAGGAUACCGUCUGAGAUGUCUACCAACUUAAUGAUCCUCCACUCCUAUCUGUUGGUUAAGGUACAUGUAAAAAGGGGAGACCAUCUUAAAGGGGCCCGGAUGCUAAUUCGUGUCAGUAAUAAUAUCAGCAAGUUUCCAGCACAUGUUGUUCCCAUCCUGACCUCUGCCGUCAUUGAGUGUCACCGCGCUGGGUUGAAGAAUUCAGCUUUUAGCUUUGCUGCAAUGUUAAUGAGACCAGAGUACCGCAACGACAUAGACCCAAAGUACAGGAAGAAGAUUGAGGCCAUGGUUCGGCGUCCAGAUACAUCAGAGCUGGAGGAAGAAACUACGCCUUGCCCUUUCUGUGGCUUUCAGUUACCACAGAAUGACCUCCUUUGCAUUUCUUGCAAAAACAACUUGCCAUACUGCAUAGCAACAGGUCGUCAUAUGCUGAAGGAGGACUGGUCUGUUUGCCCUCACUGCGAGUUCCCUGCCCUCUAUUCUCAGUUCAUCCUGUUGUUGGAGACAGAGACAGUGUGCCCCAUGUGCUCAGAGCCUUUGGAUGUAAAACAAAUUAAAAAGAUCACGGACUGUUCUGGAUACCUCAAGACUGAAGAGCCAGAUCAAUGAGGAGCAUAUCCUUCUUUGACGUGUGAAUGGAGUUAUUACUAAAUCAAUGUAAGCCAAAAGCCAUGUAGUCGUAUUAUUUGUGGGUUUAUUUUUGGAAGGUGAAUGUUUUGAUAAUAAAAAAGCUGUGAC